CCUUCCCCGUCAAACUUGAUCAAAAACUGACGGGACGCCUGCAACUUCGAGUCAACAUUCGUGCAAUUACUGGCUCGCGCUUAAGAUCUCCAGCUAUGACCGACAAGAACCCCACCUCCCCCGCCUUCAAGGCCUUCGUGGACGCAUCCGCCGGUGCCAUGGGUGCACUCUUCGCUGCCGUGUUGCUGUAUCCGCUGGACGUAGUGAAGACACGACGUCAAGUAGACGUGGACGACAGUAAGGAGGAGGAGACGGAAGAGGCCAAAGCAAAAGCCGUGGAGCUCCGCAAGAAGAAGGCGCACAACCUUCUGGUGGCUGUGUGGCUCAUCUACCGCAAAGAAGGAGUCGAGGGUCUCCUCGCUGGCCUCAGCUCUAAGGUCGUGCACACUGUGUCGUCCAACUUUGCGUAUUUCUACUGGUAUUCGUUCCUUAAGACGGCGGUAGAGAAGCACUCGAGCACGCCUAUCACUACGGGCAUGAGUCUGCUCAUGGCCUCCACUGCCGGAGCUUUAAACAUGUCCAUGACGCUCCCGUUGGAGAUGAUCAACACUCGGGCUCAGAUCCAGCCCAGUGAUGAUGAGUCUAGUGACUCUGAUGAUAAGAACAAGACCUCGGAGCCCCAACGACGCACUAUGUGGGGCAUCGGUAAGGAAAUCUACGCCGAGGACGGGCUCAUGUCCUUCUGGAAGGGAUUUAUCCCGUCCUUGGUGUUGGUGAGCAAUCCGUCCAUCAAUUACACCAUCUUCGACAAGUUAAAGCUGCAGCUACAGCACUCCAAGAUGGCGGCUAGCAAUGCCAAGCGUGUGAGCUCACUGACGGCGUUGGAGGCGUUUAUCUUGGCUGCUAUUGCCAAGGCAGUGGCCACGAUCAUCACAUACCCAGUGAUCCGUGCCAAGGUGUUGAUGCAGGCGCAGAAAAAGCAGAUUGCUGGACAAAAAAGCUCGCAUGGUCACCAUCAUGCGGAAAUGGGCACCUCAAUGCUGCAGGUGCUGAAGCGUAUUGGCGAACUGGAAGGUCCCAGCGGCUACUUCAAGGGCUGCUCGGCUCAACUCUUCAACACGGUCCUCAAGAGCGCCCUGUUGGUCAUGACCAAGGAGCAGAUCACCAAGUACACCAUGCGCGUGCUGUACUUGCUGCGCCGGAAUGCUGGCCCCAAGGCGAUUGAGGCUGCCAAGGCGUAGAUUGGCGGUUUAUCUGUUUUUCUCAAUCAUGUACGAGGAACAUUGCAACGCACUGAGAUUUUUUUCGUUUUCUUAACAUACUUGCGAGUAUGUAAAUUAUGCACGUCUAUUUUUUGGCGUUGAUCAUGUUGAGGAACAACACAAGGAGACCAGUAAACCCGCCCACUAACACGCCCACCAUCGCCAUCCCUAUCAACUUCUCGAUCAGGUUCAAUCCUUGUAAAGGGCUU